CGUCACAAAAUCUAGUUCAGGGUAUCGUGAAAAGAUAUUUAUACGUGAGGAAAAGUAUUGUUAAAUAACACCCCGACGGUCAAGAGCUUUCGCUGGGAAAUCUUUCGCUGGCAAUCUGGGAAAGGUGUUUGGCUUUUGCAUCGAAGAAUCAGGCACGAUAAAAGCUCUGGAACAUUUAUUCCGAAGUGACGUCAAUCUUCCGAGUUUUUCCGAGCAGUGGCAUCACUUUCCCGACCGCCGGAUACUGAAAGGAAAGACUUGAACCACUUGACCGGCUGUGAUCCGAAAACAGAACAGAAAUGAAGAUGGAUGCGAAAGCUAAUAGCUCUGGGCCGACUCUAACAGGGUCUGCGACAAAGAGAGUUAGCUUCGCAGACCUAGUUGGUCUCAAACUCGAGUUCGUGAAAACAAUAACUCCGUGCAGUAGCGAAGAAAACUUAAUCGCCCUGGGUGCUCGGAAAAACAAUCGUGAUGUCAACGGUAAUGUGACCAGAAGACAACGAAGUAAAUAUCGAUAUCUUUGCCCGUGCUUCUUAGCACCUUCACGAGCAGAAUGCAGCUUUAUGGAAAGAGUUUUCAGCCAGAAUGUAUCCCUUGAGAAUAUCGCGUGCGAUAACUUUGUUGUUGCCGGACUUAUUCGAGUGACAAAUUUAUGUUACACGAAAGAGGUUUCCGUACGAUUUACAGUAGAUGGCUGGACGUCUUAUAAAGACAUUUGGGCAGAUUACCUCUCUUCUUGUUCAGAUGGAAACACUGACAAGUUUACCUUUCGUAUCACAAUUCCCUUUGACUUUGAAGCAAAUCAACGCAUGGAGUUUGCAAUACGCUAUCGUGCUUUAAACCAAGAGUUUUGGGACAGUAAUUACGGAAAUAAUUACCAUAUUCAGUGCAUAGAAGUCUGAACUGACGGCCUGAAAUGAAUGAUAAGUGAUAUCCUAAGAAAACUGUUGAAACGACGAAAACUGUUUAAGGCCGGCCUUUCGCUUUAGAGUGUCAUUUAUUCAACGACAAUUUAUUGGUCGAAACAGCUGAUGUGAAAUAGAUAAUGACAGAGUAUUUUUGCACAGUUUGUUAGUGCGAUCCCAGAUUGUGUAAAAGGCUCUCAAAAACAUUUCAGGCCAAUAUCGUAAAUGAAACACUAAAGGCUUCUCAUCCUUGAAAUA